CUCCUGCCGCUGUUGGGUGAUCAUGCUUUCUUGAAAGCUCCGCACACCAGAUCAAGGCUCGGUGCUCGCAGUUGGUUCGCUCGCUUACUCAGUUUAGCGCAAGAAGUUGAUCUGCGCGAUCACGCUUUCCGUAGUCGUCGUCGUCGCCUUGGCCGUCGUUUGUCAGAAGGAGGUUUCGCGUUUGUUGGCGUAUGGUGCUGCGGGCACUAUACACAACUUUUUUUUUUUGUGCUGUGCCGUUGUUGUUGCUGUUGGUCAUCUUGUUGGGAGCAGCUUUCUGGAGCUGGUUCGGAUGUGUUGGUGUUGAUGGGUUGUUACUCUUAUUGCUGUUUUCUUAGCGGAUAGGUCAUCCUUUUCUGCCUGAUUGCUCGCAAAGGGAAUACGGGAGUGAAAUAGCCACAAGUCGUGUUCGUUCCGAGUGAUACCAGUUUGAAGCAGCAUAAAGUGAAAGAUUAAUAAGAAUCAUUUCAAGUACCAUGCCACGGUGUGGAGAAAAACCUUGUCCGAGUGUUUGUGAAGUCAUGUCAUUCCGCAGGCCAUUGUACUGAAAAUUUUUGUAUGAAUUUUAUGUUUUUGUUUUUUUUCUCCACAUACUUUACGCAACCCCUUUCGCCACAUAACUACAGUUACUAAACGCGAACUCUACCGACUUUGAGUAACUUCCGUGAGUUGACUAAUUCAUGAUUCGGUCUAAAGAAAUGCACAAAUUAAGGCAAUCCCCCCAAACAACUACACUUAAAGGUCCACUUAAAGCCAAGGAUGGCUACUAAAAUGGGAUGAAAUUUCACUUGUUCGACCACAGGAAAAAAAAAGUUGCAGCUGUUUAAUGGAUAUUGUUGUAAGGCAUACCGCGAAGUGGCCAGCAAAAAGUGUCUCCAAAAGCGGGUUUCCAUUAAUUUAGAGCCAAACGAGUGGGUUUGGACUGCGGAGUCGACAUCUGGCAGAAAGCGAAAAUGCGAAUGAAAUUGUUUCAAUAAGAUGUUGAAUGGUGUUGUAUACGAAGGAGAAUAAUUGAGGUGAACUUUGUGCCGAGCUGGCUGGCGGUGUUCGUGCGGAUUGUGCAAUGCUGUAAUUGUCCGAUAAAUCAAAAGUCAAUUUGAUUCAAAUGGAAAUGAGUGCUGAAAUCUGGUCUGGUGCGUAGAGGCGUAGCAAACGCACAUACAACUACACAUACACAAGCACAUAUGAGUGAGAAGCCACAGUGCCCAGUGGCGAUCGAGGUUGAAGAUUUCAAGUGAGUUAAUGUGGUGCAUCGGUAGUGGUGUGUGUGUUCGUAAGCAACAGCUAUUGUAACCAUUCAGCAGCUUUGAGGGGUCCAGCGUCUUGGAACCUCUUGGAAACUGUGCGGCGAGUGUGUAGGGUAGCCGUGUGUGUGCGCGCGCCACGCUGACGUUUCUCCGACGGAGCAGCACAGGCUGAAGAAUUUUUGCAUAUUACCACCGACGGAGGCUCGAAACCGGACUGCUGGGAGCUGAACUGAAACAUGGAUCAACCAGCAACGGAGGGGACCGAGGCGACGUGUUCGUAAGCGAUGUAUAACAAUAAGGUCAUAACAAGACGGAGGCAGCAUGGAGCUCCCAAUCGUAGAAAAUAGAUAGCACCUAACAUCCCAACAUGUCGCACCAGCAGCGCCGCGGUGCGCCAGUUGAGUGUCCGCUGGCGUCCCUAGGGCGGAACACUCCCUCGAUGGACGCCCUUCAAUAUCACCACCCGUUGAGCUCCAGUCCGCUUGAUCCGCAAGCGUACCAAAUGUCCCGCAAAUCGCCGAUCCUCGGUAUCGAUUCGGACAUCUACACCGCUGAAACGAGCCUGGUAGCCAACCAUCCCACAACGAACGGGUGCUCGAGUGAUAAAGCCUUAGAAAAUGGCAAUAUGCUCUCACGGAGCUCCUCUUCAUCAAUAGAUCAAAACGCACCAUAUCUGCACCAACCUCCACCGCCCAACGUCAAUCGACGAGGCGAAUACCGACCGCUGCGGCCAAGAACAUACACUCCCAUAGAUGCACUACUAACCAACACCUAUCAGCACCAUCAAAGACUGUCCCCGGUUCUCAUGGAGCUCCAACGGAACUACGGGAACUACCCGAGGGAAGGCCAAUCGCUAACGUCCCUCUCGGAGGCGGAUCGUUACUUCCUGGAAGAGAAAAUGGAUUCCCUCUACAUUCAAGGUGCCAUCCGGCGGAACGCCAACACUCCGUCCAGCCUCACGCGGAACCAGUCCGGCAGCAGCAACAACACCGAGCGGUACUACCUGGAGAACGAGAACAUCGACGCGAUCUACAACUUUUGCCACGCUGCGGCGGCGGUCACCACUCUCAACUCGCACAACAACUCCUCCUCGAAGGCCUCGUCGAGCCACAACGACUGUCUAGAUUCUAGUUCACCAAAUCUGCUGCGGCGAGCCUCGAGCCCGGAGACCAGCGGGUCCGAUCGGUACCUGAUCGACCGGAUACGGGGUUCGCCGGCGUACCACGGGAGAAACUCACGCCUCGCGCAGCAGCUGAAAGUCAACUCGACAGAUUUCGUUGAUGGAAGAAUACAUCUCUCCAAGUCACAACACUUCACGGAUGGCCUGACCCGAUAUGGCCGCUUUUCGCCCAGCAUGGACCAGGGUUACCACACGCUGGUAUCACCUUCGCCGUCUGGCCAGCAGCAGUCGUCGAUACCGGCCACGUGGAAUACAGCAGCUCCCAGUAGCAGUAGCACCUCCACGGUGAAUGGUUCCAACGGUUGCAGCCAGAUCGGCAACGUCGGCGUUAUUGGAAACGGAGACCUACUUAAUGGUGGCAGUCAGACCGCCAUGUUCCGAGCGGGACCACUGUUCGAUCGGCUGUCCGAUGAACUGAUGGUGAAAAUCUUCGACUGGCUGGACAGCUGUGAGCUGUGCAAUAUCGCACGCGUGUGCAAGCGCUUCGAAUCGGUCAUAUGGAGUCCGAACCUUUGGAAGAUCAUCAAAAUCAAAGGCGAAACCAACAGUGGUGAUAGGGCGAUUAAGACCAUCCUCAGGAGGUUAUGCGGUCAAACGAGGAAUGGAGCUUGCCCUGGGGUGGAACGAGUGUUGCUAAGCGAUGGGUGCAGGUUGACCGACAAAGGUUUGCAGUUGUUGUCGAGGCGUUGCCCGGAAAUUACGCAUUUGCAGGUGCAGAACAGCGUCAGUGUCUCGAACCAGGCGCUUUUCGAUCUGGUCACCAAAUGUACCAAUCUGCAGCAUCUGGACAUCACAGGCUGUGCUCAAAUCACGUGCAUCAACGUUAACCCCGGUCUGGAGCCACCUCGCCGACUACUGCUGCAGUAUCUAGACCUUACCGACUGUGCGUCAAUCUCCGAUUCAGGGCUCAAAAUCAUUGCCCGAAACUGUCCGCUGCUGGUUUAUCUUUACCUGCGCCGGUGUAUCCAGAUAACUGAUGCCGGUCUCAAAUUCAUCCCGAACUUCUGCAUAGCCUUGCGGGAGCUUAGCGUUUCCGACUGCACCAACAUCACCGACUUCGGGCUGUACGAACUGGCUAAACUAGGUGCUACCCUACGAUAUCUCUCCGUGGCCAAAUGCGACCAAGUUUCCGAUGCAGGACUGAAGGUUAUAGCUCGACGGUGCUACAAAAUGCGCUACCUCAAUGCACGAGGUUGCGAGGCGGUUAGCGAUGACUCGAUCAACGUUCUGGCUCGGUCCUGCCCGCGGUUGAGAGCGUUGGACAUUGGCAAGUGCGACGUCAGCGAUGCCGGACUUCGGGCUUUGGCCGAAAGCUGUCCCAAUCUGAAGAAACUUAGCUUGCGAAAUUGUGAUAUGAUCACCGAUCGAGGGAUCCAGUGCAUUGCGUACUACUGCCGGGGCCUGCAGCAGCUGAACAUCCAGGAUUGCCAAAUAUCCAUCGAAGGAUACAGAGCAGUGAAGAAGUACUGCAAACGAUGCGUCAUUGAACACACAAAUCCAGGAUUUUGCUAGUGUCUAAUAAAAUGUACAGGCCUAAUGUGCUCUCUUUUUAAGUGUUUUAAAUAUACAAAAUGUGUAGCAAAUUGUUUUAGGAAGUUUUAAAUUUUGAUUUUACAGUUCUGCCAAAAAAUUGAACAGAAAUUUGUUGAUAACUCUAUUUAAUUAGGCGAAUAUUUUAUAUUAUGUGUUAAAAUAAAUUCUAACUGUACACUAACGACGUAAUAUAUAUUUUAAUCACUUUUCGAACAUUUUGUAAAGAUUUUAUUUAUAAAAAACUCUAGAACAAAUAAAAAUGUAUUUAUUUUACAGAAUUUAUUAAACUCUUCAUUCAUUUAUUUAUCACGCUCGACCUGGUCCACCUCACUGC